UUGACUUCUGCAUCAACAGUUCCGACUUCAACAGAUGGAACAGUGACUUCUGACAGACUGACUUCUCAAACUACUGUUCAAUCUUCAACAUCAGAGCUAUCGACUUCUCCAGUCACUGUUCUGACUUCAACAGCAGAACCAUCGACUCCCGCAUUCACAGGUCUGACUUCAACAGCAGAGCCAUCGAUUUCCGCUUCCACAGUUCUGAAUUCCACAACAGAGCCAUCGACUUCUGUAUCCACAGUUCUGACUCCAACAGAUGGACUAUUUACUUCUGCAUCCACAGUUCUGACUUCAACAGAUGGACCAUUGACUUCUGCGUCCACAAUUCUGACGACAACAGUUGGACCAUUGACUUCUGCAUCCACAGUUCAGACUUCAACAGAUGGACCAUUGACUUCUGCAUCCACAGUUUUGACUUCAACAGAUGGAACAAUGACUUUUGACCCACUGACUUCUCAAACUACUGUUCAAUCGUCAACAUCAGAACAAUCGACUUCUGUAGUCACUGUUCUGACUUCAACAGCGGAGCCAUCGACUUCUGCAUCAACAGUUCUGACUUCAACAGAUCAACCAUUGACUUCUGCAUCCACAGUUCUGACCUCAACAGAUGGACCAUUGACUUCUGCGUCCACAAUUCUGACGACAACAGUUGGACCAUUGACUUCUGCAUCCACAAUUCAGACUUCAACAGAUGGACCAUUGACUUCUGCAUCCACAGUUCUGACUUCAACAGAUGGAACAAUGACUUCUGACCCAUUGACUUCUCAAACUACGGUUCAAACUUCAACAGCAGAGCAAUCAACUUCUGCAUCAACAUUUCUGACUUCAACGGAUGGAGGAUUGACUUCUGCAUCCUCAGAUAUGACUUCAACAGAUGGACCAUUGACCUCUGCAUCCACAGUUCUGACUUCAACAGAUGUAACAUUGACUUCCGCAUCCACGGUUCAAACUUCAACAGCAGAGCCAUCGACUCCCGCAUCCACAGUUCUGGCUUCAACAGAUGGACCAUUGACUUCUGCGUCCACAAUUCUGACGACAACAGUUGGACCAUUGACUUCUGCAUCCACAGUUCUGACUUCAACAGAUGGACCAUUGACUUCUGCAUCCACAGUUUUGACUUCAACAGAUGGAACAAUGACUUCUGACCCACUGACUUCUCAAACUACUGUUCAAUCGUCAACAUCAGAACAAUCGACUUCUGCAGUCACUGUUCUGACUUCAACAGCGGAGCCAUCGACUUCUGCAUCAACAGUUCUGACUUCAACAGAUGGACCAUUGACUUCUGCAUCAACAGUUCUGACUUCAACAGAUGGAACAGUGACUUCUGACACACUGACUUCUCAAACUACUGUUCAAUCUUCAACAUCAGAGCUAUCGACUUCUCCAGUCACUGUUCUCACUUCAACAGCAGAACCAUCGACUCCCGCAUUCACAGUUCUGACUUCAACAGCAGAGCCAUCGAUUUCCGCGUCCACAGUUCUGAAUUCCACAACAGAGCCAUCGACUUCUGUAUCCACAGUUCUGACUCCAACAGAUGGACUAUUUACUUCUGCAUCCACAGUUCUGACUUCAACAGAUGGACCAUUGACUUCUGCGUCCACAAUUCUGACGACAACAGUUGGACCAUUGACUUCUGCAUCCACAGUUCAGACUUCAACAGAUGGACCAUUGACUUCUGCAUCCACAGUUUUGACUUCAACAGAUGGAACAAUGACUUUUGACCCACUGACUUCUCAAACUACUGUUCAAUCGUCAACAUCAGAACAAUCGACUUCUGUAGUCACUGUUCUGACUUCAACAGCGGAGCCAUCGACUUCUGCAUCAACAGUUCUGACUUCAACAGAUCAACCAUUGACUUCUGCAUCCACAGUUCUGACCUCAACAGAUGGACCAUUGACUUCUGCGUCCACAAUUCUGACGACAACAGUUGGACCAUUGACUUCUGCAUCCACAAUUCAGACUUCAACAGAUGGACCAUUGACUUCUGCAUCCACAGUUCUGACUUCAACAGAUGGAACAAUGACUUCUGACCCAUUGACUUCUCAAACUACGGUUCAAACUUCAACAGCAGAGCAAUCAACUUCUGCAUCAACAUUUCUGACUUCAACGGAUGGAGGAUUGACUUCUGCAUCCUCAGAUAUGACUUCAACAGAUGGACCAUUGACCUCUGCAUCCACAGUUCUGACUUCAACAGAUGUAACAUUGACUUCCGCAUCCACUGUUCAAACUUCAACAGCAGAGCCAUCGACUCCCGCAUCCACAGUUCUGGCUUCAACAGAUGGACCAUUGACUUCUGCGUCCACAAUUCUGACGACAACAGUUGGACCAUUGACUUCUGCAUCCACAGUUCUGACUUCAACAGAUGGACCAUUGACUUCUGCAUCCACAGUUUUGACUUCAACAGAUGGAACAAUGACUUCUGACCCACUGACUUCUCAAACUACUGUUCAAUCGUCAACAUCAGAACAAUCGACUUCUGCAGUCACUGUUCUGACUUCAACAGCGGAGCCAUCGACUUCUGCAUCAACAGUUCUGACUUCAACAGAUCAACCAUUGACUUCUGCAUCCACAGUUCUGACCUCAACAGAUGGACCAUUGACUUCUGCGUCCACAAUUCUGACGACAACAGUUGGACAAUUGACUUCUGCAUCCACAGUUCUGACUUCCACAGAUGAAAAAGUGACUUCUGACCCACUGACUUUUCAAACUUCAACAGCAAAGCCAUCGACUCCCGCAUUCACAGUUCUGACUUCAACAGCAGAGCCAUCAACUUCUGCAUCCACACUUCUGACUUCAACAGAUGGAACAGUGACUUCUGACACACUGACUUCUCAAACUACUGUUCAAUCUUCAACAUCAGAGCUAUCGACUUCUCCAGUCACUGUUCUGACUUCAACAGCAGAACCAUCGACUCCCGCAUUCACAGUUCUGACUUCAACAGCAGAGCCAUCGAUUUCCGCGUCCACAGUUCUGAAUUCCACAACAGAGCCAUCGACUUCUGUAUCCACAGUUCUGACUCCAACAGAUGGACUAUUUACUUCUGCAUCCACAGUUCUGACUUCAAAAGAUGAAACAGUGACUUCUGACACACUGACCUCUCAAACUACAGUUCAAACUUCUCCAGCAGAGCCAAUGACUUCUGCAUCCACACUUCUGACUUCAACAGAUGGACCGUUGACUUCUGCAUCAACAGUUCCGACUUCAACAGAUGGAACAGUGACUUCUGAAUUCACAGUUCUGCCUUCAACAGUUGGACAAUUGACUUCUGCAUCCACAGUUGUGAUUUCAACAGACGGACCAUUGACUUCUGACCCACUGAUUUCUCAAACUACGGUUCAAACUUCAACAGCAGAGCCAUUGACUUCCGCAUCCACAGUUCUGGCUCCAACAUCAGAGCCAUCGACUUCUGCAUCUACAGUUCUGACUUCAACAGAAGGACCAUUGGCCUCUGCAUCCACAGUUCUGACUCCAACAGUUGAACCAUUGACUUCUGCAUCAACAGUUCUGACUUCAACAGAUGGAACAGUGACUUCUGACCCACUGACUCCACUAACUACGGUUCAAACAUCAGCAGCUAUAACAGUGACUACUCCAUCUACUUUUUCAACUUCAACAACUGAGCCAGUGACUAGUCAGUCUACAGGUUUAACUGCAACAGCUGAACCAGUAACUACUCAGUCUACCGGUCCAACAGCAACAGCUGAACCAAUGACUACUCAAUCUACGCUGCUAACUUCAACAGCUGAACCAGUGAUUUCUGCAUCUACGGUUCCGGCUUCAACAGCUCGACCAGUAAUUACCGUCCCAUUGACUACUCAAUCUGCGGUUCCAACAACUAAACCACCAGAUUGCCAGAAUGGAGGACAUCGCAACGGUUCAAUAAAAUGCAUCUGUCUACUUGGAUUCCGCGGAGUCCUUUGCGAGCAUUUCUCAGAUUAUGUUAAACCAGAAGUGGUUACGACAAAAGUGAUUGUUGAGGUGGUGGUGAACCAGGAUUAUGAACCAGAUUAUAAUGAUGACAAAUCGCCAGAAUACAAAGACUUUGUGAAGAUCUUUACGCAACAGAUGACUUCAUACUAUAGAAAAGUCAACAUAGAGAACUUCGAACGUGUGAUUGUUACAAAAGUGAGUCCUGCAGUUUCCUUUGUUAGGAGAUAUAGGUCAGGAAGUUAUGGAGUGAAUGUAACACAUGAUAUUGUGCUUCUGCUUCAAAAUAAUGCUGACUUUGAGACACAAUAUGGAAAUAUUUUUAAUGAAAUCGAGAAGGCGGUUGAUAACCUUACUAACUGCAGUAAAGGUGAAACAGAUUGUCCUGAAUUUGACAUUUCCAAACCAACUGUUGAAGCAGAAGAAUUUGGCCAAAAUAUUUGUGCAGGCAUCAUUCCAGACCCAUCUCCUCUUGAGUUCUAUGAAGCCCUGAAUGCCAGUGGGUGGAGUUGUGUGACGAUGUGUGACAAGAAUCACAGCAACCCAAAGAACUGCCUCAACAAGGGCGUAUGCAACGUGUACAGCGGCAUCGGACCCAUCUGCGAAUGUGCAAAUGUUGAUUCUACCUGGUACAUCGGUGAUGACUGCAGUUCUCCAAUCUACAAGGUUGCCUUCUACGCUGGUUUAUCAACUACUCUCGUAGUUCUCUUACUGACCGUGGGAGCUCUGUCCGGGUACAUCUACUUCAACAAGCAACGACAGAACCGCAAGAGAAACGUCAGAGAGUCGCUGGUGAACGAGUUCCUGGACGAAGACGUAGUCUGGCCUAAAUCUAGAGAUCAUCUCCCUGCACCUUCAGCGACGUACAGUAACCCCUCCUUCAGCGCUGACCCGACCAGCCGCCAGGGCCGCUUCCUCAUCCAGACCCCCCCGCGGGGAACCGCCGCAUCCUCUACCGGCACCUCCGACUCAGGGCAGAACCAACUCCAGCUUCAACCGAUAUCAAUAAAUCCGCCGAUCCAGAUCCGUCGGCCCCAGAUCAGGUUGGAAGGGAGCCAGCGGCGGGACCAGCCUGCCAGCUGGAGUUAGUGUACCGGUCCCCUGAAGAAGGAGCAUUUGUAACGCGAGCGACGAGACAGGAUAACUUUCUUUUAAAUGUUUAAUAAGAAAACGCAAAAUCAUAAUAUCAAACACACGGUCAAAGAACUGUGUUGCUUCCUACAGUAUCUGACUCCAACUAACAAAUGUUCAAGUCCAACCGUAAUAAUUAGUAUGAGUUAAUACCAAACAGAAACGUCUUAUUUAUUUAACCAUUAGGGAUGUCCCGAUACCACUUUUUCACUUCCGAUACUGAUACCAUAGCUUAGGCUAGUGGCUGAUUCCGAUAUCUAUCCAAUACUUUGUUGUACUCUCGAACAAAUAAUAAUAAUAAAGAUAUAUAUGGAA